UUCCCUUUUACACACUUUUCGAUCCUGACUUUCUUCUUUUCAACCAGUCGACCAAUUCACGCCAAAAGCAGUCGCCAUGUCGGAAGCUAAGGACAAGACCGCCAACCCUAUGCGCGAGCUGCGCAUCCAGAAGCUCGUGCUCAACAUCUCCGUCGGCGAGUCUGGUGACAGACUUACCCGCGCUGCCAAGGUGCUCGAGCAGCUGAGCGGUCAGACUCCGGUCUACAGCAAGGCCCGUUACACCGUCCGUACCUUCGGUAUCCGUCGUAACGAGAAGAUCUCCGUCCACGUUACCGUCCGUGGCCCCAAGGCUGAGGAGAUCCUCGAGCGUGGUCUCAAGGUCAAGGAGUACGAGCUGCGCAAGCGCAACUUCUCCGAGACCGGUAACUUCGGUUUCGGUAUCUCCGAGCACAUCGAUCUCGGUAUCAAGUACGACCCCGGUAUCGGUAUCUACGGCAUGGACUUCUACUGCUGCAUGACCCGCCCCGGUGAGCGUGUCGCUAAGCGCCGCCGCUGCAAGGCCAGAAUCGGCUCCCAGCACCGUAUCAACCAGAACGAGACUGUCAAGUGGUUCAAGAACCGCUUCGACGGUAUUGUCCGGUAAAUGCCUCAUUCACGGGGUCUUCAGGAGUGAAAGCUCCGGGGUUGUGUUUAUGAUGAAGCGAUCAAAAAUGGUCAGAAAAGAGGCAGGCGUUUUUGAAAAUCAUUGUCGCUCUGCUCUGCAAUAUGGCUUUUCUACCACGGCAUGAUGUUAGGCGUGUUAGAGAUAUCAAAUUCCCAAAUUUUUCAUACGCAUCCACUUUUCACAAUGAAGGCUUCACAAAGGGUGAUGAUUUCCGCAUAACCAUUGAUGAAAAGUAUCCCAUGAUGCAUUUGCUCUGCUUGCCGC